CUUGGAAAAUAUUCCCCUGGUACCUUACGCUGUUACGCAUCACAAAUAACGGCAGCAACCAGCAAGAGUUCAACUUGCAAGACUAACCUCGCCCCUCGCCUCGCCCGCUCCCCAUGUAAAUGUUGCAAACAUUCUGAGCUCCUUAUCAAUCCCCUGUGAAGCUAUGAUCAAGCUGUGCUAGCAAACAAUCAAACAAUUUGUUCAAGCUUGAGUCUUUCUGGGCCUCGCAAUUUUUGACAGGAGUUGAACAAUCUUUCAACAAGGUAACCCUCUCAAGUCUUUCUUUAUCGUCACACUAGCUGAUUUCCUUGAGAAGAAAUGUGGAGAACUUGUGUAAUUUUGAUUGUCAGGCAAUGCAAGAAUUCAAUUUAUUUUUCUAAUCUUCAAAACCCAAUUUUCUAUUCAGUUUCUCGAGCUUAUGAAACUUCGAUUUUCGGGUUUGGUGUGAUCCCCAAACUUCAUUCUUCAAAGGGUUGCUUUGAGUUUGGGAACCCAUUGAGAAAAUUUUACUCCACUGAUGACUUUGUGGGUGAAGAUGAAAACAAUUUAGUUUAUAGUAAUGUUGAUGGGGUGUAUAGAAUUAUUAUGGAAAAUGUGGGUUCUGAUAAGAACAUGGAGAAAGCCCUUGAACAAGCUAGGAUUCCCUUAACAACUGAGUUGGUUAUUGAAACCCUUGAUAGGUUACGUUUCGAGGAGAAAAUAGCCUUUCGUUUUUUCAUGUGGGCUGCUCGCCAGGAGCAUUAUCACCACGAAUACAAGGUUUACAAUGAAAUGAUUGAUAUAUUAUCAACUACGAAGUUUAAGAUUAAACAAUUUAAAAUUGUUUGUGAUAUGUUGGAUUACAUGAAAAGGAAUGAUAAAACGUCGAUUCCAAUUGAAGUUCUCUUGACUAUUUUGAGAAAAUACACGGAAAAACAUCUGACAAAAGUCCUCACAUGCUCUAAGAAGAAGAGAGGAGUUAGGGUUAAAAUGCAGCCGGAGAUCAAGGCGCUUAACUUGCUACUUGAUGCUCUUUGCAAGUGUAAUUUGGUUGAGGAUGCGGAGAUCCUGUUCAAGAAGGUGAAAAAUAAGGUUGCUCCAGAUGCUAAUACCUACAGUAUCCUUUUUUUCGGUUGGUGUAGGGUUAAAAACCCUGCAAGAGGAAUGAAGAUCUUGGAGGAGAUGAGUAGUAUGGGUUUUACUCCAGAUAGUUUUACCUAUAAUGCUGCAAUUGAAACCUAUUGUAAAGCAGGAAUGGUGACCGAGGCUGUUGGUCUGUUUGAGUUGAUGAAAACAAAACCCUCUAUCUCAUCUCCUCCUACAGCAAAGACGUAUGCGAUAGUGAUUUUGGCACUUGUUAAGAUUGAUCGAAUUGAUGACUGUUUUAGAGUAAUUGGGGAUAUGAUACAAAGCGGUUGUCUUCCAGACGUUUCCACUUAUAAGGAGUUGAUUCAAGGAAUGUGUUUGGCUGGAAAGGUGAAGGAAACUUACUGGUUUUUGGAAGAGAUGGAAAAGAAAGGUUACCCAUCUGAUAUUGUCACAUAUAACUGUUUCCUCAAGGUACUUUGUGAAAAUAGGAAGGCUGAUGAAGCGAUUCAGCUUUACCGGAGGAUGGUUAGUGUGGAUUGUGUGCCUAGUGUACACUCUUUUAAUAUGCUGAUUGAGAUGUUCUUUUCUAUGGGUGAUCCCGUGGGAGCGCUUGAGACUUGGGAUGAAAUGGGCAAGAAAAGUUGUGAGCGAGAUGUCAAUACUUACUGUGUGAUGAUUGAAGGACUUUUUGUUUGUGACCAAAUUGAGAAUGCAUGUUUGUUUUUGGAUGACGUUGUACAUCAGGGAAUUAAAAUACCCUAUCUGAAGUUUGAUUUAUUUCUGAGGCAUUUGUCAAGGAUUGACGAUCUUCGUAGAAUUCAUAAACUUUCAGAGCACAUGAAAAGGUUUUUCAAUCCUGCUAUGGCGAGACAUUUUGUACUUAAUCAAAAACGAAAGGAGUUGAGUUAUAGGAACAAGUGAACUUUUUUCUGUGUUUGGUUGCGGGCAUGAAGUUUGUUUGGAAAUAUACAACCUCGGUAUGGGAUCAUGGUUUAUCCUAAAUCAAGAGCCACCAACAUGAGUUUAAGAGAAACUGGAACUUUUGCUGUAUGCUUCACAGAAUCCAUAUAUUAGUGGCUAAAACUUGUUCCUAGGACCAGAUGAGGUUCAUCAAUUUACUGUAUCAUGGUUGUCUCCACUAUUCCGGCUUCUUGGCUGUUUGUUUUAUGUUACUUAUGAAGAAGCAAAUGUUCUACACCUGGUUCAGUAAGUUCAGGUGCUCACGGUUUGUUAAUCAAGAAAAGAUAGCCUUGAAGGAAAUGGAGUCUUUCAAGACGGAAAGCGUAAAGAAGUUGUUGAGCAUUAUACUACUACUACUACUUUGUCAUUCAAUAUCAAGUCCCGUCUUUUCUGCGCUGUAUGUUUUGCGCAUCGUGGUGCAGUUAUGCUCGUGAGAAAGCCGAAUAAAAUGAAGCCAAGAGAACAUGCAGAUUGAGAUUGCAACAGUAUUUACAUCUGUAAGGAAUCCAUAUUUGCAUGGUAUGCAGGAGAUGAAAUAAAGAUGCUGUACUGCUGUAGCCUGUAGGCACCACAAGCAAGGCAGAAGAGAUCAUUUAGGAGUUUAGCACUUUAAAGACGAAGCCUAGAGUUUCAUUUAAAGAAGCUUUUGCGUGUUGCGUAUUUUGUGUGUCAUCCAGUCCGCCUGAAAUUGUCACAGGAGAAGCAGGUUGAGAAGCUCUUUUCCUAGCAGAAGUAAUAGACAAUCUGUCAGGUGUGACACUCUUGUCCCUCUUACAAUCACCUCCUAAUCGCGAUCUAGCCUUUGCAGAUUCUGUAGCAGCCAUAUAACUUGGAACAGUAGUUUGAGAACUGGCUAGGCUCUCAUCAUCCCUAACAGAUGACCCUGUUAUACUAGUCCUCCUAGAUUGUUGUUCUGAUUGCAUACUCAGUGUGCUUCUUGCAUCGUCAUCUGGACCCCACAUGCUAGUCCUUGGGCUAACCUUUGGGCUUGGAGAUCUCAACUUUCGAGCUGCUGCAAUGGAAUUUGAAGGAGCAUUAGAAGUUGACAGGCGACCACCAGUAGAAGAAUGGGGUUGUUUUCUGAUGGAUGUAGGGGUAGGCUUUUCACGAGAAUAGUAGGCUUUAGUUAGCUCGUGAUUCCCAGACAAAGCGGUCUUUGAUGAGACCUUAAUACGGGGGGAAUUAUCAUUGCUAAAAUCUUUCUCAGGAGUGGUUGCGGUCUCCCAUGGUUUUGCAGCUAACCAUCUCUCUAACCAACUCCACCCCCAGUGGGGAUUGUUUACAUCCAUAAACAACGUGUGAGCAGACAUCGAUGAAGCCUUCCAUGCUUGCUGUAGAUCAUAUGAUUUCAUUUAGCUACUUGAACAAACUAAGCUAAGCUAUUGGAUUCUCUUAUUCUCCCAAUUACUACUUCGCAAAUUAAAAUAAGGGACAAGAAUCAUUGAUAUCACUAUGAACACAGUACAGAAGGAAAAAGAUUAAAAAAAAAAAAAAAGCAAAAUUUUAUUAACUGAUAAACCAAGUAAAUCAAUAAAACAUUCUUAGUGGUAAGGAAAGAAGACGCAAAGACGCCUGCCUAAUCAUGAAGUAACUUGUUUACAUGAUGAUUACUAAAUAUGCUUUUGCAUAAGAAUUAAGAAGGCAUAGGUAACCACUCCUCUCCAUGGUCUUCUGGUUUUAAAAUUUGCGUUUACUACCCUGAAAUCCUUGAUUUUCUUUGGGGGCAAUGGCAAUGGCAAUGGCAAUGGUUGCUGGCAUGUAAGCGGGAAAGAAGUCUAAGUCGUUACCUGAUGAGUGAAAGCAUAAGCCAAAGUCCUUUCUCUUCUUAUAGCUGCCUCAUGUCUGCUUUGUAACUUUGCUUCAAUCUGUUCCUUUGUCUUUCUACUGCUA